CUAUGGCGAGCGGCAAGAGGGUGGCGGCGCCGCCUCUGUGGCCAGUAGAGGCCCGGCUGGCGGCGCUGCUUCCAGACCUGCUGGUCUUCAGGAAGCCCCGGGGAUCGGAACACGAACUUGCCACGGCUCAGGGCGUCCUCCUUGGCGUCCACGUGACGGGGUUUACAGCAUUAAUGGACAGGUUCAGCCUGAGCUGCAAGUCGGAACAUGACAUGGACACACUGGCCCACAUCUUCAGUUAUUACAUUAGUGACAUCGUGGAGCAUGUGCUCUGUUUUGGAGGGGAUAUCCUAAAUAUCACAGGGAAUGUGCUCCUGGCACUCUGGACAGUGGAACAGGAUCAGCUGAGUGACAUCAUUACCCUGGUGGCAAAAUGCAGUCUGGAGAUACAGGAGAAAUUUGGGAUCUACCAUACCAGAGAAGGCCAGGACCUGCAGCUAAAGAUAGGUAUUAGGAAAAAUUCAGAUGCUGAACACACUGUUGAUAAGGUUGUGAGGAAGAAGCCUUCUCACACAGUGCUGGUGGGAGUCAACAGUGGUACAACUUCCAUGGAGGGUGAUUCAGGAAUCUCUACCAAGAUUACAAAUGCAUUUAUUCUUCAACCCAACAAUCCUCAUUUAUCCUUCAACCCCAGCGUUUAUCCCAUAGGUCUAUCGGCAGGUCGGAUUUCCCAGGUUAUUGUUGGAAAUGAGCAGCGACAGUACCUCUUGGUGAUUGGGCGUGAUGUAGAUGGUGUCCAGUUAGCUCAGCGGUUGGCUCAGGCAAAUGAGAUUGUCUUGUCCUGGAACUGCUGGAAGCUCUGUGAGCAGUACAUGUUUGAAGUGGAAAUCAUGAAGGAGGAUGAAGCUGUGAAGUUAAGAGAUAUGCGGAUCAUUGACCCAUUUGAUUUUGAUGAGCAUUUUUACAAGUGCCUCGAUUACCUGCCACAUUACCGGACAAGUGCUGACAUUCUAAGAACUGCCCUGGAGUUGGAUCCAGACUCUGCACUUGAGCAAACACUGCGGAAGCACAUAAUGAAAAACCUUUUGAAGAAGAUUGAUGAAGGCCAACCUAUGGAGUAUAUAUCCGAAUUCCGUACUGUGACUAUGGUUUUGGUCAGGCUAGAAUUCCACAAGACAGCAUGGAUGUUGCAUUUGUGUCAUCUUAUCCAGGAGGCUGCCUUAUACAUCUCCACAGUGAUAGAGAAAGGGGGUGGCCAGCUGAGCCGGAUCUUUAUGUCUGAGACAGGCUGCAUGUUCCUCUGUGUUUUCGGCCUUCCUGGGGAUAAGAAGCCAGAUGAAUGUGCACAUGCCCUGGAGAGCUCCUUCAGCAUAUUCAGCUUCUGCUGGGAGAAUCUUGCUGAGACCAAGCUUGUUUCCAUCAGUAUCACCAGUGGACCAGCAUUCUGUGGCAUGGUUGGGGCAGUAGCAAGACACGAAUAUACAGUUAUUGGCCCAAAAGUAAGCCUUGUGGCAAGAAUGAUAACUGCCUAUCCAGGUUUGGUGUCCUGUGAUGAGGUAACAUAUCUAAGAUCUAUGCUACCUGCUUACAACUUUAAGAAACUCCCAGACAAAAUGAUGAAAAACAUCUCCAACCCAGGGAAGAUGUAUGAAUACCUUGGCCAUAGAAGAUGUAUAAUGUUUGGGAAGAGACAUCUGGCCAGAGAGAGAAAUAAAAAGCACUCUUUGCUAGACCGGGAGAAAGAACUGGAAGCCUUCCGAAUGGCACAGCAGGGAAGUUUGCACCAGAAGAAGGGCCAAGCAGUUCUGUAUGAAGGUGGAAAAGGCUAUGGAAAAAGUCAGCUGUUGGCUGAAAUAAACUUCCUGGCCCAGAAAGAAGGGCACAGGGUGUUGCCAUUGAAGCUGAAGGAAGCAGAUUCCAAGCAGUGCUUCUAUGCCAUCCAGACCCUCAUGGCCAUCUUCUUUGAGAUUGAUAUGUGCCCAGCCUAUUACCGGCAAGAGCGCCUCCACAAACAGCUCCAUGGGAUGGUGGAAGAAUCGCUUCACUGCCUGUUUAAUGACCUCUUCUUUGUGAAGUUUCCCUUAUCCUUCAAAGUUUCGCACAUGGAUGACCUGACCAGACAAAAGAAGGUUAAAGCAUGUUUUUUUCAAGUGCUGCAGAAGGCAAUGAGGGAAACACCACUGAUUUUCCUCAUUGAUGAGGCCCAGUAUAUGGAUGCAGCCUCCUGGGAGUUUUUGGGAACUUUGCUCUCCAGUGUGCCCAUCAUCAUGGUGAUGACAUUGAGCCCUACCUUCACCCUUUGUGGCUGGGCCCAGCACUUCCUGCAGAGCCCUCAGGCUAUCUUUGUGCCCAUUGCGAAGUUGGCAGCGACCUCACUCUUGAGAAUGGCAUGUUGGGAACUGGGGGUGGUGAGCAUCCCCCAAGAGCUGCAGAUCUACCUUCUCCGCAGAUGCUUUGGAAACCCCCUUUACUGUGAGGUCUUAUGCCAGGACCUUCUCUCUAAGAACAUAUUGCUCUUUCAUGACCUCCAAAAGGAGGAGGAGGAGAACAGCAAGUGGGAGACCCUCUCAGCCAAUGCCAUGAGAUCCACAAUGUAUAGUAUUUCUCCUGCCAGCUCUGAAGACCAGGAACUUUAUGUCUGCACAGUCAAGGAUGAUGUGAACUUGGAUACAGUGCUUCUUCCACCGUUACUAAAAGAAAUAGCAGUGAACCAACUGGAUCAACUGAGCCCAGAGGAACAGUUGCUGGUUAAGUGUGCUGCAGUCAUUGGUCACUCCUUCCACAUAGAUCUGCUACAGCACCUCCUGCCUGGCUGGGGUAAAAAUAAGCUACUUCAGGUACUGAGGGCUCUUGUGGAUAUACAUGUGCUCCGCUGGUGCAACAAGAGCCAAGAGCUUCCUGCUGAGCCAAUAUUAAUGGCUUCCUCUAUCGAGAUUAUUGAACAAACCAAAGAGGAGAGAAAGUCAGAUGCUGGCUCUCCUCUCAGGCUACAAGAGAAACUAACCCUACCUCAAACCGAGGUGCUAGAAUUUGGAGUGCCUCUGUUGCAGGAAGCGGCUUGGGAGCUGUGGCCCAAGGCACAACAGACAGCCCUGCACCUUGAAUGUGCCUGGUUUCUUCGAGAUUUGGCCUGCCGCUGUGGGAGCUGUCAUGGGGGGGACUUUGUCCCCUUCCACCGUUUUGCCAUCUGUUCUACUAAGAGCUCCAGUGGGACCUCCCGAUUCUGUAGCUACAAAGAUACUGGCUCGAUACUAACACAAGUGAUCACAGACAAAUUGCAGCUGCCCUCUCCCCAAGACAGUUUUCAGUUCCAGACAAAAUCACCCAGAAGUCAGGAGGCCUUCACAAGGGAACACUGCAGAACAGAGGAAGAGUUCCUGGAUCAAGUGAACAGGAAACUGGCUCAGACCAGCCCCGAGAAAGACAUGUUGACCACAAAGCCCUGCCACUGUAAGGAAGUCCUGAAGUUAGUGCUGUCACCUCUCACCCAGCACUGCCUGGUCAUUGGAGAAACCACUUGUGCGUUUUAUUACCUACUGGAGGCUGCCGCUGCCUCCUUGGACCUGUCAGAUAAUUACAUGGCCUUCCUUUAUUUGAGGAAGGCAAGCAGCCUUCUGGGCCAACCCUCAGCAUUCUCGUUUUUUAAAAAGCACAAGGUGAAGAUCUGUCCGUUUGAGGAGGCCACUUUCUGCUGUCUUCGGUCAGAGGUCUGUUUCAACAUGGGACAGAUCACCUUGGCCAAAAAAUUGGCUAGGCAAGCCCUUCAUCUGCUGAAAAGGAAUUUCCCUUGGACCUGGCUUGGUGUCAUUUUCCAAACAUUCCUAGAGAAAUGCUGGCGUUCCUGUUCCCUGAGCCAACCCCCAGACAAUCCUAGUGAGAAUAAGAAGAAGCUGGCAAUCCUGCAGCAGCAGGUGCAAUGCCUCUCCCUGCUCUGGCAGCUCUACAACCUGGAGGCCACAGCCAGCAGCCGCAGGUUUGCCUGCCUGGCCACUCUUAUGCAGGAGAAUUCAGCCAAGGAGUCUGCCAGUGACGCCCAGGUUGUCUCUACCUACGUGGCUCUCUCCCAGUUCUCCCAGAACAUGGGUGACAAGGAGAAGUGGCUGCAUUGUGAGCAGAUGGCCAUUCAGAAAAACAGUCUAUGUUGGUUCUCCAGGGAGGGAUUGUUGGCCACAGCCCAGCUCAUGCAGGCCUUGGCCUACACCAAGCUCUGCCUCGGCCAUCUUGACUUCUCCAUCAGGCUGGGUUUUCAAGCUCGUGAGAUAUGCAGACACCUCAAGAAACCAGCUCUGGAGAAUCUGGUUCUCUCAGUUCUCUUCAAAUCUGCAUUUCUGAAGAAGAAAUUUGAUCUGUGUGUCCAUGUGCUGGAGAGUCAGUGGGCGCUCAUUUCCCAGAGUCAUGAUGUCCUUGGCCUGGCCUGCUUCUAUUCUGCUUGCUUAGAUCUGCUGCUCUAUGGAAAAGGAUGGCUGUGUCGGCCCUUUGGGGAAUGUCUGCAUUUCAUUCAACAUUAUGAGCACAGCUGCAUUCUAAAUUCUCAGAGCAAUGUCAUGCUGGGGGUCCACUCCUCUCUGGCCAUGUGGUUUGCGCAGGACUCACAGUGGAAGCUAUUUGAGCACCACUUCUCCAAGGCUUGCCAGUUGGUGAAAAGAACGAAUGCCUCACUAUUUGGUUCACAUGGCUUUGUCCGAUUCCUAGAGUGCCAUGUGCUAAUGUUACAGAAGAUGCCAGAGGGUGUCUUCGCGCAUACUCCCUCAGAGAAUCCCGGCCAAACCCUCAAGUACUUUAGGGAGUUCUUCUCUCGAUGUGUGACCUGCCCUGUCUAUCACCAGUGGGUCUCUGAGCUUAAAGCCUCUGUAAUGAGAUAUGGAAAGAGAGAGUCCAUGUCCUUGACUAACAUCAGACCUUUUGACACCUGCUUGACCAGGAUUUGGAUAGAGGGAGAAUUCCUGGAGGAAAAUAACUCCUUUGAAGGAAAUUUACAGAGAUUUGUCAGAGUGGCUGAUGUCAAGGAGAAUAAAGAUGAAGAAGAAAUUCAAGAAUGUAUAUGUUAAAACAAACAAAAAUCAUCUGAAGGGACCAUGAUUCUUUUAUUACAUGUAAUACAGAGAUAUGCCCCCAAGUCUCCUUUUUAAGAUACUGUAUAGUAUACAUAUUAAAUAUUCUAGCCUUUAUCUAUAUCUUUGUCAAAAUAAAAGCCUGUGUUUCUAAAGCAUGAAACUUAGAUCUUUCUUAACUCUUAACAGUCAUUAAUGCAACUGUGGCAGAAAUUAGAAUCAGAGCUAGACCGGAGGCCAGGGAGACUUUGAGAGAGAUGAACUGAUUCCAUCUUAUAUAAUAAGGGGCAGCGGAAAGCCAUUUUUCUUGAGUUAAGUACUCCUUGGAUUGAUGCAAGCUGUUGUUUAAUUUCCAGAGUUCUGAAAAAGUUGAUUCUAUUUUUGCCAGUUUUCUUAUUUCUUUUAUGGAGGAGAGAAUUUUGAGAGUUCUCUA